GCGAGGUUGAAUUAGCUCAAAACAAAAGCACCUGGAAUCAAAGAAAAAUACAAAUUUCAUUAAAUUUCGACAAUGUUUCACUUACGAAAUUCACUCAAAUUGCUAAAUACUGUGAGAUGCAUUCCCAUAGCAAACAGCCAAACACGAAACAUUGCUCGAUGGGUUGCGCCGACACUUCGUGAACUCGCAAGACGUCGUAAAAAGAUGGGAGAAGAGCCUCCAAGACCUCGUUCGUCAUUUCUCGAAUGGAAUCACAAUGCCGAGUUAUUUUCCUUUGCCAAACGUUUGAAUGAGGAUUUCGAUCGGGCACUUUUGUUGCAAGCCUUCACACAUCGCUCGUACAUCAGUCAAGAGAUGCAAAAACAGAAGGAAGUCGGAAUUGAAAAUCCUGAAAUCAAUUUGAAGGAAAAUCAUGAAAUGAUUGAACUCGGAGAACAAUUGCUCUCAAAUUACGUCGCGGCCUUUUUGCAAUUUUCUUAUCCAAAAAUGCCGGAAAUUGGUUUGAAAGCGAUUGAAAAGUAUUUGUUGAGUGACGAUGUAUUGGCGCACGUUUCGUCGCAUAUUGGUACAAAAGAUUUGAUUCUUUCUGCAGAAUUUCCCGUGACAAAUGAAGCUCUUGCACAAACUUUUAAGGCUUUGGUUUGUGCAUUGCAACAAAGUACCGAUGAUGGAAGAGCAUUUUUGUUCGUGCGUGAUUUCUUGCUGACACAAUUGAACCAAAAAGACCUUUUAGAAGUAUGGAACAUCGAAGAGCCCAUGAAAUUACUUGGAGAAAUGUGUGAAAAUUUACAAUUAGGAACUCCUGAACCUCGUUUGAUCGGAGAUUCAGCGAAAAAUACGAUUUUAGCAUGUUCGUAUGUCGGAAUUUAUUGCAAUAAACAAUUGCUGAGCAAAGGAUUUGGAGAAAAUGUUCACAUGGCAAUUGAUGUUGCUGCGUUAAAUGGCAUCAAUAAGCUUUGUAACACAGAAGAUACGGCAAAACCUUUAAAUUUCGGCGUAACACUCGACGAAGUCGUCAACAAACUACAUUUAAAAUCACAAAAAAAGGCAAAAAAUCUUUAGCAAGUAGUCUUUUAAUAUAAAUUGUACAUGUAACUUAGCAAACAUUAAAAAAAAAAACUUGAAAAAUAGAACGAUAAAAACGUGAAAAUCAAACUAAUUUCUGGU